AUGGCAGGUCCCCGUUUCUCGCCCUUACUGAUCCUGCUGCUGUCCUUAGCCCUGGGAGCUGCUGGACUAGAAGCCAACAACACCGGCGAAAGGAUUAUUAAUGGAUUUCUGUGUCCAAAAGGCAAGCAGCCCUGGCAGGUGGCCCUGUUUGAGGGUCAUAAGUUCCACUGUUCAGGUGUGCUACUCAGCGAGCUGUGGGUGCUCACGGUCGCCCACUGCCACCUGAGUGAGUACCUCGUGCAAAUGGGCAGUGAUAUUUUACUCCAUGGGGAUGGGCAGAGAAUCAGAGCCACAAAGUCGUUCAUCCACCCUCGGUUUAGUGAAGUCACGCAUGUUAACGACCUCAUGCUGGUGAAGCUGAGCGCUCCAGCCCCGCUGUCCUCAACGGUGAAGAUAAUCAGCGUGUCCUCCCAAUGCAAACCUCCUGGGACCAAAUGUACUGUUUCCGGCUGGGGCAGCAUUGCCAUGGAUAUAGUGACAUACCCAAAAGCGCUCAUGUGCUCGCACGUAAGCAUCUACCCCUACAUGUACUGCAAGAGGACUUUUCCUACAAUAUCGAGAAGAUACAUGACCUGUGCUGCUCCCCCCAACAGACUCUCCUACAUGUGCAAACUUGACUCGGGCAAUCCACUGAUGUGCGGAGGCUCCCUACAAGGCCUGUUGUCCUCUGCAUAUUUCCCUUGUCGACCACCAUUCGACCCAAUCAUCUACAUCCGCCUAUGCAAGUACCACAAGUGGAUUUAUGAAACCAUGAAAACUCCAGCAAAAGACAUGCUUCCUCCUCCCUCCACAUGGCAGCCCCCUGAGGCUCCCAGAGACUACAUGGCAGGUCCCCAUCUCUCACCCCUGCUGAUCCUGCUGCUGUCCUUGGCCCUGGGAGCUGCUGGACUAGAAGAUGAGGGCCAGACUGGGAAGCCCGACCUUGCUCCUGGGCCUGUAACUGUCCCCAUCUUCUCCCUCUAG